AAGGACGAUGUCGAUUUGGAGAGUAUCUGCAGGGAGGUAACGUUCCUGAUGAAUACUCGUCCGUUGGAUUAUGCUAACUCUGACGAGCCAUCUGGCGAGUUUGUCGUGGUUACGCCUGAUCAAUUGGCUCGUGGAUUUACUCGUAAGCGAGGUUGCGUCCUCGCUGGUGGCUCUUCUACUCUUCCUAUUUCUCACCGCGUUAGAGCAGUGCGGUGUUAUUUCCUGAAUGAGAUGUUCCGCGACAUGAGGAUGGCUGUCGCUCGCUCUAUGGGGUACCAGAGCUUGAAGAACAAGAUCCUGAAGCCUACGAUUGGUGACCCAGUGCUGAUCUACCAUCCGGAAAAGAAGCUGAGCCCCGGAUACCGUUUGGGUCAUGUGAAGGAUCUGCUAGAUGAAGGUAGAAGGAUCCGUAUUGUCUUAACUGACGGUAGCGUUGUUGAUCAUCAUCACUAUAAUGUUGUGCCGAUUCUGCAUCACCCUCAAUUGUCGGGGCAGAGGGGGCGUAUUGAGGAUUGACGAGCCCGGUCUUGCUUUGUUCGUGCGUGCAGUCCUGUGUACGUGCGUGCCCCGCAAUUGAUGGUGUUUUUUCCCUGAGCCAUUAUAUUAAAUGACAUUGAUACGCUCAAUCUCAGUUUCACAAC